AUGAUAGGACAUGAGGGCAAAGUUUAUGUUUUCGACAAAGUUUUCAAACCGAAUGCCUCUCAAGAGAAGGUGUACAGCGAAGCGGCCAAAGCUAUUGUGAAGGAUGUUUUGGGCGGUUAUAACGGAACCAUCUUUGCUUACGGACAGACUUCGUCCGGCAAAACACAUACCAUGGAAGGCGUUUUGGGCGAUACUAUGUUACAGGGAAUCAUUCCCCGCAUUGUUAACGAUAUAUUCAAUUAUAUUUACUCUAUGGAUGAAGCGAUUGAGUUUCAUAUCAAAGUUUCCUAUUUUGAGAUAUAUAUGGAUAAAAUUCGUGAUCUUCUCGAUGUAUCGAAAGUUAAUCUUUCGGUACACGAGGACAAGAAUCGAUGCACUUUUGUGAAGGGAGCGACUGAACGGUUUGUCACCUGUCCUGAAGAGGUGAUGGAAGUGAUAGAUGAAGGAAAGGCUAACCGUCACAUCGCUGUCACCAAUAUGAACGAACACUCGUCUCGAAGUCAUUCAGUCUUUUUAAUAAAUGUAAAGCAAGAGAAUCAAGAAAACCAAAAGAAAUUGACCGGAAAGUUGUAUUUAGUAGAUCUCGCGGGUUCUGAAAAGGUGAGCAAAACUGGUGCCGAAGGAAUGGUUUUAGACGAAGCGAAGAAUAUAAAUAAGUCACUCUCGGCCUUAGGAAAUGUAAUCUCGGCGUUGGCCGACGGAAAU